CUAAGAACUGAGAAGUGUUUCUCUCCCUUCUUCUCAUCUCAGCUAAGAGUCAAACUGACAUUACAGUCAACAUCUUCAGCUUCCAACUCAAUACCAAUAAUCACCAAACAAAUACAAAUCAUACACCAAACCAUGCUUCUGCUCUUUCUCUGCUGAAAAAUUCUCCUCCUUUUCAAGUUUCCAUCUGUGCCCAAAACAAAACAAAAGGAACACUGAUCAGUGACCAAGAAGAAUAUAUGCUCUGUUCCCAUAUUUAAUUUCUUCACAUGAUUUCAUUUCCUUUUUUUUUUUGGGUUAGAGUCUAUCCUUAAUGGACAGGAUCCAUGCAUUUUCUUGUGGGAAAGCUUCAAUAAUCAGAGACAAUGAAGAACAUUCACUCAUAGGAGGCCCUGGAUUCUCAAGAAUAGUAUAUUGCAAUGGUGCUGAGGGAAGUGGUAACUUAGAACUCAACUAUGGUGAUAAUUAUGUCAGCACAACUAAGUACACACUUGCAACUUUUCUACCCAAAUCAUUGUUUGAACAGUUUAGAAGGGUGGCCAAUUUCUACUUCCUUGUUUGUGCUAUAUUGUCUUUCUUCCCUGUUUCGCCUUAUUCGGCUGUUAGCAAUGUUGUUCCUCUUGUGGUUGUGGUUUCUGCUACAAUGGGGAAAGAGGCUGUUGAGGAUUGGAGGAGGUUCAAGCAGGAUGUUGAGAUGAACAACAGAAGAGUUAAAGUUCACCAUGGAGAAGGUGAUUUUGAUCAUUCCAAAUGGAGGGAUUUGAGAGUUGGAGACAUAGUAAAAGUGGAAAAAGAUGAAUUUUUUCCUGCUGAUCUCAUCUUACUUUCAUCGAGCUAUGACGAAGCGAUUUGUUAUGUUGAGACCAUGAAUCUUGAUGGAGAAACAAAUCUUAAACUGAAACAAGCACUGGAAGAAACUUCAAAGUUGCAAGAAGACUCAAACUUCCAAAAUUUCAGUGCUACCAUCAAAUGUGAAGACCCAAAUGCGAAUUUGUACUCUUUUGUUGGAAGCCUGGAGCUUGAUGAUCAACAGUAUCCUCUUUCACCUCAGCAGCUACUGCUUCGGGACUCGAAGCUCAGGAACACAGAUUUUAUCUAUGGUGUGGUUAUUUUUACAGGUCAUGAUACAAAAGUUAUGCAGAAUUCGACAGAUCCUCCUUCCAAGAGAAGCAAUGUUGAGAGAAGAAUGGAUAAGAUAAUCUACUUCUUGUUCCUUAUCUUGUUUUUGAUUUCGUUUAUUGGCUCAAUUUUCUUUGGGAUUGCAACAAGGGAAGACUUAGAAAAUGGAAGAAUGAAGAGAUGGUACCUUAGACCCGAUGAUACUACGAUCUACUAUGAUCCAAAGAAAGCACCAAUUGCAGCAACUCUGCAUUUCUUGACUGCACUAAUGCUUUAUAGUUACUUGAUUCCAAUUUCUUUGUAUGUCUCCAUUGAAAUUGUCAAAGUUCUUCAAAGCAUUUUCAUCAACCAGGACUUGAACAUGUAUUAUGAGGAAACUGACCAGCCAGCACAUGCUCGAACCUCAAAUUUGAAUGAAGAACUAGGCCAAGUCGAUACGAUACUUUCGGAUAAAACAGGAACUUUGACCUGCAAUUCUAUGGAGUUUAUCAAGUGUUCUAUCGCCGGGGUCGCCUAUGGACAGGGUGUUACUGAAGUGGAGAGAGCUAUGGCUAGGAGAAAAGGUCUAGAGUUGACUGAAGAUGACAAUGUUGCAAAUUCUGAAGCAAAAUCAUCAAUUAAAGGUUUCAACUUUAUGGAUGAAAGGAUCAUGAAUGGAAAUUGGUAUAAAGAACCUCAUGCCUAUGUAAUACAGAAAUUCCUGCGCUUGUUGGCUGUAUGCCAUACUGCAAUACCUGAAGUUGAUGAAGAAACCGGUAAAGUUUCGUAUGAAGCCGAGUCACCAGAUGAGGCAGCUUUUGUUAUAGCUGCUAGAGAACUUGGAUUUGAGUUUUAUGAAAGGACACAGUCAAGUAUUAUGCUGCGCGAGCUCAAUUCCAUAUCAGGCAAGAUUACUGAAAGGAACUACCAACUUUUGAAUAUAUUAGAGUUUACUAGUGCAAGAAAGAGGAUGUCAGUCAUAGUGAGAGAUGAGGAGGGUAAACUACUACUACUUAGCAAAGGCGCUGACAGUGUCAUGUUCGAACGACUUGCAAAGAACAGAAGGGAGUUUGAAGAGAAGACUAAGCAGCACAUUAAUGAAUAUGCUGAUGCUGGUUUAAGGACCUUGAUACUUGCAUAUCGUGAACUCGAUGAGGAAGAAUACAAUCAAUUUAAUAAAGAAUUCAUAGAAGCCAAGAACUUGGUGAGUGCGGAUCGAGAGCAGAUAAUAGAGGAAGUAUCCGAAAAGAUUGAGAAGGAUUUGAUUCUUCUUGGUGCCACUGCAGUUGAAGACAAACUUCAAAAUGGGGUUCCUGAAUGCAUUGACAAGCUAGCACAGGCAGGCAUUAAGCUAUGGGUUUUAACUGGUGACAAAAUGGAGACAGCAAUCAACAUCGGGUAUGCUUGUAGUUUACUUAGACAAGGAAUGAAGCAAAUCAUAAUUAGCUCGGACACUCCAGAGGCCAAAUCGUUGGAGAAAGCGGAGGACAAAUCUGCUGCGGACGCGGCAAUCAAGGAAAUCGUUCUUCGACAAUUAAGGGAAGGAGAGGCAUUACUUUCUUCAUCUAAUGAAAACUCCGAGGCCAUUGCUCUGAUCAUCGACGGGAAGUCACUCACACACGCUCUAGAUGAUGAUGUUAUGGACUUGUUUCUGGAACUCGCCAUCGGCUGUGCAUCGGUUAUAUGCUGCCGGUCAUCUCCUAAACAGAAAGCACUUGUAACUAGACUAGUUAAGACUAAAAUUGGUAGUACAACUCUAGCAAUUGGUGAUGGGGCAAAUGAUGUUGGAAUGCUCCAAGAAGCAGAUAUUGGGAUCGGUAUCAGUGGUGUCGAAGGAAUGCAGGCAGUUAUGUCAAGUGAUAUUGCGAUUGCACAGUUCCGGUUUCUAGAGCGCUUACUUCUAGUGCAUGGACAUUGGUGUUACAGAAGAAUCUCAUCAAUGAUCUGCUACUUUUUUUACAAGAACAUUGCCUUUGGCCUCACACUUUUCUUCUAUGAGAUCUAUGCCUCGUUCUCGGGCGAAGCUGCAUACAAUGAUUGGUUCCUGUCAUUAUAUAAUGUGUUCUUCACUUCUCUUCCUGUUAUUGCCUUGGGAGUAUUUGAUCAAGAUGUCUCUGCCAAAUUAUGCCUCAAGUUCCCACUGCUAUAUCAAGAAGGUGUACAAAACGUCCUGUUUAGCUGGAAACGAAUCCUCGGCUGGGCCUUCAACGGAGUCCUAAACGCUACACUGAUAUUCUUCUUCUGCGUCAAGGCAAUCGAGUAUCAGGCAUUCCGAAAAGGUGGUGAAGUCGCCGGGCUCGAAGAACUUGGAGCCACAAUGUACACUUGUGUAGUUUGGGUUGUUAAUUGCCAAAUGGCAUUAUCCAUAAAUUACUUCACCUACAUUCAACACAUUUUCAUUUGGGGUGGCAUUCUUUUGUGGUAUUUAUUCCUCUUAGCAUAUGGUGCCAUGGAUCCUACUCUUUCAACCACUGCAUAUAAGGUCUUUGUUGAGGCUUGUGCUCCAGCACCAUCUUACUGGCUCAUCACUCUUCUUGUUCUCCUCGCUUCGCUCCUUCCUUAUUUCGUCUACGCGUCGAUCCAAAUGCGGUUCUUCCCUAUGUUCCAUCAGAUGAUACAGUGGAUAAGGAGUGAUGGCCAAGCAACUGACCCCGAAUACGUUAAUAUUGUCCGGCAGAGGUCGAUAAGACACACGACAGUUGGCUUCACCGCCCGUUUCCAGGCGUCCCAACGGCUUGAAGCCUCGAAACGUCUUCAAGUAUGAGAAGAACAAGGUAUAAUUCUUUUUGUUUUGUUGUAUGAAAGAUUCUUUAGUAGGAACAAAAUGAAUGUAAUAACAAUCUAUGUAGUGUACAUAUUUGAGGUAGACAUUGGUCUUCCUUGGGUUACAAGAAAUCUCAAGGGUUAUCCUUAAGAAACCACUGUCUGGGUUUCUCUUCAGAAAAUGAAAGAGGAAUUUUGGGUCCAUCAAAGAUCUUAUUAGGAUACCUUUUUUGC